UGUCGUGUCAAUUGAUCCGCAUAUCAGUGACCAACUGAUCCCAUAAUGGCUGACGACGAGUAUGAGCCCGAAGAUAUGGGUCAGGACUUCGAUGACCCCAUUGAAGACGACGACAAUAUGGAUGGUUUGGACCAAAUGGAUGACGAGAACAUUGAUGUGUUGGCGGCCACUGAACACACGCCUCAGAUGAACGCCAAACGGAUUACCACUCCUUAUAUGACUAAAUACGAGAGGGCGAGAGUGUUGGGCACCCGAGCCCUCCAGAUAGCCAUGUGUGCGCCCGUUAUGGUGGAACUGGAGGGCGAGACGGACCCCCUCCAGAUUGCCAUGAAAGAGCUCAAAGCCCGAAAAAUACCGAUUAUUAUCAGAAGGUAUUUACCGGACGGCAGUUACGAGGACUGGGGUAUCGAUGAACUCAUUAUCACUGAUUGAAGUGGUGGUCAGGACUCGGACUCUGACCCGGCUAUCAAUCCAUUUAAUUUAUCUGUACUUUUGUGUCAUAUUUUUAAAUAAAAAUUUUAUUCAUUUACGGUAUUAUUAAAAGCGAUGUUAAAAUAUAUUAUAUUAGUUUUGAAAACACAUUUAGAGCCA